GACCCCUCAGCUGAUGAAAGUCAAUCAAUCAGUCUAACCUUUUUAAUAUUAUAACUGUUGGAAAAUGAACUCAACCAUUCAUCAAUUAUCUCAAAAAGAAGACCAGUAUGAACUCUAAGCUUAUGGGCAGCUAGGACUUAAAAAAAAUCAUUGAAGAAAAGAGUUUUCUGUUAGAUUUCAACCAUCAAACACUAAACGAAAAGUAGAUUUAUUAACAAUCACAGGAAACUUAAAAGGUGGAAGGGAGAUGGCCAAGGAGUGUCGCGAUGCAAUAGGUACUAUAAACCUUGUGAAGGGCCAGCAUUUAGACAGAAGGACCACUAAUCAAUUGGAGGAUGCUAUAAAGCACCUAACACAUGUUGCUGUAUUUCUCACAAAUCUGGAGAAGCGUCACCCUGCUAAUGGAAUAUCUGUACAUCUUAGGCCUCUAUUUUUAGAAGCUCAUGAUGGCUUUUCUCUGAUGUGUUCUCAUCCUCCUCGUUCUCAGUUUACCGUUAAACUGGAUAACAUUGCUGAGAAAUUCAAAUCUGCAAAGGCGUCAAGAUCAACAAGGCAAGUGAUCCCAGAGCUGCUGCAAAUAAUUGAACCCGAGAAUAUUGCUAAGCGAAUCAAAGCUUCAAAGCCAUCAAGAUCAUCUAGCCCAAUCACUGUGGAUAUGGUGGGGUUUAUCGAAUCCUUGCUUGGUUCUGUUCAUCGUGCAUUGUUCUUUAUCAGUGCAGGGCCUCCUGUGUCUAUGCUUGACAAGAAGCUUCGACAUCUACAAGUCUUCUUUAGACUAAUUUCAAAGCGGGGCAUUGAGCAUGAGAGUAUGAAGGAUCUCUUCUACCAUGUUGAGGAUGUAGCUUACACUGCAGCACAACUAUGUGUCUUGGGGUCGAGCUGCCAUAUGGAUAACGAGUUCUCUAAAUUGCUGGAAAGGAUAAGUCGUCCUUUUAGCCCAGGAUUGAGGCUGGUUUAUCUCAAUGCCUUGAUAGGGUUAAAUUCAUCAAGAUCAAAGACUACAAUGAAUGCCAAGUAUAUGCUUGAUUUUGUUAGUGCUCUCCAAGAUGAUCUGAGACUAAGAUGUGAUAAUCGAAUUCGAUGGCUCCAACGAGGACUUUCUUACCUUUGUCGAUUCCUCAGGGACAUAGAAUCUUAUCCUGUUUCACAUCGACAACUGAUUUCUCUUCAAUUGAAUAUGGAAGAUCUGGCUAUUGGGUCUGCAAAUGCCAUCUACUCCUAUGAUGAGGAUAUGGAUAAGACUAGUGAAAUAGACCAUGAGCUUUUUCAUUUGCAAAUGAAGUUUAAUUAUGUUAAAGUAGAGGUUGAUCUGAUUCGUCUACAAAACAUUCAAGGCACCAUAAUAGUUCCUAUGAAAGAUCUGAUUGACUAUGUUUGGGAAGAGCUGAUGUUCUUUAGAAGUUAUUUCAUGGAUGCGUUCGACCAGUGUAAAGAGCAGACCAGGAUAACUGUUAUUUUGAACUAUAUUCAGUCUGCAGUUAGUCAAGCAUGGUCAGUCUGUGAUUCUCUUUGUCAUGACUUGAAUCAAAAUGACUUGGCCAGGGAAAUUAAUUGCUUGCAUUUUCAAUUGCUUCUUAAGUUCAAGUUUAUCAAGGUCGCUAUUAGACAAAUGUGUCCCAGCAUUUCUGCAUCAUCAACACCAGACCAUCCUAUGAUAGAUCUGCUGAACUUUCUUCCCAUGAACUUUGAGGCCAUUGAUUCCUAUUCCAGCAUGCUAAAAGCCUCCUUUCCAUCUUCCCCACAUCGUCCUAAUAGGGAUGCAGAAUCCCCCAAUACAUCAUUCUUAUGUGGUCCCAAUACAGAUGUGUACUCCUUCUAUUCAUCAUCCUCACGUAUUCCCAAGAUGGAUGAGAUAUUGAAGAGGUUUCAUGAAUAUAUUCUUGUCAAUCUGCUACGGAAGGAUGAAACCAAUUUGACAUUUACUAUUGCAGAUGAGGUCAAAAAGUUUUAUGAUGGGCUGUUGCUCAUGGUUACAUAUCUUAUUGAACCUCCAGUUCCUCACACUGAAUGCAGGAAGCAAAAUGAUCUCUCAAUGCGACAUGAAGCUGUUGCAAUUGAGGCGGAAUCUGCUGUGUGUUUACAUUAUGAGGAUAAUAUGAAUAACAACAGGUGUAGGGAGAUCAAUCAGGUACUUCAAUUUUUGACUGUGACUUUCUGGCUUAUCAAGUCUGAGGGUAACUUGAUGGAUCUACUGAAGCACAAAUCCACUUUGGGAAAUCAAGUUCUAGAUCUGAUUGAGAGUGCUCAUGAAGAGCUUAUUCUCCUUAGAUCUAUUCUCAUGGAUCUUCUUAGGAAAAAGCUUUACAGAUUGGAUGAUCUCUUAAUGCAUGCUGAAGUGACUGCAAAAAGGUUAGCAAUAUUCAGUGGUUCUUGUUAUGAAUAUUUCAUGAACGGAAGCAGCACUGAGAAAAUGAGGCCCUUGUUAUCUGAUUUUCUGCAAGAGAUUGAGUCUGUCAAGGUAGAGUUCAGAAAUGUUUGCUUGCAAGUUCUGGAUAUAUCACCUUUUUCCCUGACAGAUGGAGAAGGCCUUGUUAAUUUCUUAUUAAAAAACCAGGCCAAGGUGCCGAAUGAUGAUGCUGUUUCUUCUGAUGGAAGUUUAGAGGAUGCAAGCAGCACUGAGAAAAUGGGACUUCCAUCUGAUUUUCUCCGAGAGAUUGAGUCUGUUGAGAUAAAGGAGGCCAGAAAAUUAUAUGAUCAAGUUUUGGAUGCAACACAUUGUGAGACGAGUAAGACAGAUGGAAAAAGCUUUAUCAACAUUAUGUUAACCCAACAGGACAAGGUGCUGGACUAUGAUGCUGGUUCAGUCUCUUAUCUUCUUAACCAAAUCUCAGUAGUUAAAGACAAACUAUUGCACAUUGGCUCUUUACUUGUAGAUAUUGUACAGUACCGGAAUAUGCAUAUAGAACUUACAGAUCUCGCUGAACGUGUUCAAGAUAAAAACUACAUUUGUUUCUUCUCUGUCAAGGGUUAUAUUCCUGCUUGGUAUUACACACUAUAUCUCUCUGAUGUCAAGCAAUUGCUUAAGUUUGUUGAGGCAGAGGUAAAGAUUAUUUGUCUGAAAGUACCAGAUUCUUCAAGUUAUAGCUUCCCUAAGACAAAUGGAUUAGGAUAUCUCAAUUGCUUUUUAGGCAAAUUGGAGGAGCUUUUACGUUCUAAGCUCGAUUUGAUAAUCGACUUAAAACAUCAGAUUGAAUCAGUCAAGGAGGGCUUAUUGUGCCUAAGAUCAUUCAUUGAUCAUUUUUCAGAAAGCUAUGAUGAGCAUGAUGAAGCUUGUGGUCUUAUAGCAAGAGUUUCUGUAAUGGCAUACAAGGCUGAGUAUGUCAUUGACUCAUGCUUGGCCUAUUCUCAUCCACUCUGGUACAAAGUUCUUUGGAUUUCUGAAGUUCUUGAGAAUAUUAAGCUUGUAAAUAAAGUUGUUGGGGAGACAUGUGAAAGAAGGAACACUGAAGUUACUGUGCAUGAAGUUGCAAAGACUACCACUAAUGUAGCACCAUCUUUUUCAGCUUAUACUCAAAGAGCAAACGAAGAAAUGGAGGGUUUUCAGGAUACAAUAGAUGAAUUAAAGGAUAAACUACUUGGAGGAUCACCUGAGCUUGAUGUCAUCUCAAUCGUUGGCAUGCCAGGAUUGGGCAAGACUACACUAGCAAAGAAGAUUUACAAUGAUCCAGAAGUCACCUCUCGCUUCGAUGUCCAUGCUCAAUGUGUUGUGACUCAAUUAUAUUCAUGGAGAGAGUUGUUGCUCACCAUUUUGAAUGAUGUGCUUGAGCCUUCUGAUCGCAAUGAAAAAGAAGAUGGAGAAAUAGCUGAUGAGCUACGCCGAUUUUUGUUGACCAAGAGAUUCUUGAUUCUCAUUGAUGAUGUGUGGGACUAUAAAGUGUGGGACAAUCUAUGUAUGUGCUUCAGUGAUGUUUCAAAUAGGAGUAGAAUUAUCCUAACAACCCGCUUGAAUGAUGUCGCCGAAUAUGUCAAAUGUGAAAGUGAUCCCCAUCAUCUUCGUUUAUUCAGAGAUGACGAGAGUUGGACAUUAUUACAGAAAGAAGUCUUUCAAGGAGAGAGCUGUCCACCUGAACUUGAAGAUGUGGGAUUUGAAAUAUCAAAAAGUUGUAGAGGGUUGCCUCUCUCAGUUGUGUUAGUAGCUGGUGUUCUGAAACAGAAAAAGAAGACACUAGAUUCAUGGAAAGUAGUAGAACAAAGUCUAAGUUCCCAGAGGAUUGGCAGCUUGGAAGAGAGCAUAUCUAUAAUUGGAUUCAGUUACAAGAAUUUACCACACUAUCUUAAGCCUUGUUUUCUCUAUUUUGGAGGAUUUUUGCAGGGAAAGGAUAUUCAUGUCUCAAAAAUGACCAAGUUGUGGGUAGCUGAAGGGUUUGUACAAGCAAACAACGAAAAUGGACAAGAAGAUACCGCACAAGGUUUCUUGGACGAUCUUAUUGGUAGGAAUCUGGUGAUGGCCAUGGAGAAGAGACCUAAUGCCAAGGUGAAAACGUGCCGCAUUCAUGAUUUGUUGCAUAAAUUCUGCAUGGAAAAGGCCAAACAAGAGGAUUUCCUUCUCCAGAUCAAUAGUGGAGAAGGUGUAUUUCCUGAACGAUUGGAAGAAUACCGAUUGUUCGUUCAUUCUUACCAAGAUGAAAUUGAUCUGUGGCGCCCAUCUCGCUCUAAUGUCCGCUCUUUACUAUUCAAUGCAAUUGAUCCAGAUAACUUGUUAUGGCCGCGUGAUAUCUCCUUCAUUUUUGAGAGCUUCAAGCUUGUUAAAGUGUUGGAUUUGGAAUCAUUCAACAUUGGUGGUACUUUUCCCACUGAAAUACAAUAUCUAAUUCAGAUGAAGUACUUUGCGGCCCAAACUGAUGCAAAUUCAAUUCCUUCAUCUAUAGCUAAGCUUGAAAAUCUUGAGACUUUUGUCGUAAGAGGAUUGGGAGGAGAGAUGAUAUUACCUUGUUCACUUCUGAAGAUGGUGAAAUUGAGGCAUAUACAUGUAAAUGAUCGGGUUUCUUUUGGUUUGCAUGAGAACAUGGAUGUUUUAACUGGUAACUCACAAUUAUCUAAUUUGGAAACCUUUUCUACUCCGCGUCUCUUUUAUGGUAAAGACGCAGAGAAGAUUUUGAGGAAGAUGCCAAAAUUGAGAAAAUUGAGUUGCAUAUUUUCAGGGACAUUUGGUUAUUCAAGGAAAUUGAAGGGUAGGUGUGUUCGUUUUCCCAGAUUAGAUUUUCUAAGUCACCUUGAGUCCCUCAAGCUGGUUUCGAACAGCUAUCCAGCCAAACUUCCUCACAAGUUCAAUUUCCCCUCGCAACUAAGGGAACUGACUUUAUCAAAGUUCCGUCUACCUUGGACCCAAAUUUCGAUCAUUGCAGAACUGCCCAACUUGGUGAUUCUUAAGUUAUUGCUCAGAGCCUUUGAAGGGGAUCACUGGGAAGUGAAAGAUUCAGAGUUCCUAGAACUCAAAUACUUAAAACUGGACAACCUCAAAGUUGUACAAUGGUCCAUCUCUGAUGAUGCUUUUCCUAAGCUUGAACAUUUGGUUUUAACGAAAUGUAAGCAUCUUGAGAAAAUCCCUUCUCGUUUUGAAGAUGCUGUUUGUCUAAAUAGAGUUGAGGUGAACUGGUGCAACUGGAAUGUUGCCAAUUCAGCCCAAGAUAUUCAAACUAUGCAACAUGAAGUUAUAGCAAAUGAUUCAUUCACAGUUACUAUACAGCCUCCAGAUUGGUCUAAAGAACAGCCCCUUGACUCUUAGCAAAGAAUCUAGUUUAAAACAACAACACUUCUCUGUUUCAGAGGUAGCAGAAGCUAAAGUUCAAGGCAUUUUGUUUAUUUCUAGAACAAGUGGAGUUCUUAUGUUGAAUUCUUGAAAAGAAGAAGAAUCAGGAGCAGAGUAUAUAUGACUUGGCCUAAAAGUUUUUGCUUCACUAAUUUAACUAUUGCCGUGGAUGAAACAAGCAUGGCAACAUUUUCAACUAUCACUCAAGCAAUGUAAAAAAUGGAGGUUCUACGAGCGGUACAUGUAAGAGUUUUGUGCACACAAGAGGUUCUGAGACUUGAACCAUCCAUGUCCAAGGCAGUUGAGAUGCUAGUAAAGAAAGAAGAAGAUGAGCCUGCACAAAUUAAUCCUCCCUGUAUGAAUGAGAGAAUGAGAAAAAGAUGGAGCUUCAUGAACCAAAAGUUACCUUUUUUUUUUCUUCUUAAUGGCAUUACUUUGAAGCACAUGUUUGUUAGUUGUAAAUUGUAAUGGUGAAGUGUUUGUAAAUAUAGGGAGUGAUAUUUCAAAGAAUGGUUGUGUUAUCUUUACAAAUCCGGAAUCAUUUCUGUAUAAUUUUCUUCUGUAAUUUUUGGUUUCGGUUUA